GGAUGCUGUGCCCAUUCGUCCUCACUUCACGGCCGACUGACUUGAGAAGUACAAGUACUUCUCUCCACGGACUGGCUAUCGGUCAAUUCCUCACAUUGCCUGUUGUGUACUCUCUCCUUUCCAAUUAAAGCCAAACUAGUCCUCGGCCGUAUCAUUGCUACUUCCAUCGGCACUAAACCGUUGCUCAACAGCAAGAACAGUGGUGACAGCGGAGUCAACGGCAUUGUGAACCUACUCGGGGUGGAGGGGUCGACGCCAGUCAACAUCCGUCGUCAUCCAACGCACCUGCUGGCCUAAAGAGUUAUCUGUUACUCCCAGCGUCUUUACGGGGCCUGAGAUAGAUCUUCGUCCUAGAUUUUCCCCACAAAAUCUGGACAUAGGCGUCACGGCGUCAUCUCCGGCCUUAGCAGUCACUUGUUCACCUGAUCGCCCUCUCUACAGCCCUUCAACACUCUCCAGCACCCUUCUCCUGCCUCCUACAGCGUCCCUACGCGCUUCUCAUCUACAAGAAGUAGAGAGUUCUCCGGCCUUACCUGUUCUUCCCAAGUCCAUUCUGAUAAUUUUUCCUACGUCAUUGAAGCCCCAUAGCAGCGUACAAAUGCUACGAGGUGUGUAGUGUUACCAGUGCAUCACUGAAAGUUCAGCACCCUGUACCUUCGUCCAUCUCCUGCACUCAGUUAAGUAAACAGUGACUUACCUAGCAUUACCUAAUAUUUUGUGACAUUAUUUUACUGUCCUGCACCAGUACAGUUGUCGCUGAAGCCAUACUUUCAGUAAAUUGUUCAGUUUUAGUCAUCAGUGUACACUUUGUACAUUUUGCCACUUACCUACAGCUUCUUAAAUUUUGCACAUUUAUUUUGCACUCCUGCAUUUUAAAUUCCAGCAUAUUAUUCUGCAUCUUGCACUUCAGUUGUCAUUGAUUUAAAUUGUUCAGUGUUAACCAUUUACACAAUUUACCUUUCAUAUACAGUUUGCAAGUAAUUCCUGUGUGCUGUUAUUUUGAUAGUUGCACCUGCAAGUUAGCCACAGAUUGUUGACAACCCUGCACUGUUUUGUUUGUUAGUGUGUAUUUUUUUUAAAAGUGUAGUCUUCAAGUUCUUAAGUAUUAGUUUGUUUAUUCUACCUGCAGUGAUACAAUCUGUGCCUAGCUCCUGUGUCCCCAUUUAUUUGCUCUACAUUAUAUUCUAUAUUUUAUCUGAAUAUUCACCAAUGUGCAUUGCAUUUUGCUAUUGUAUAUGCCCAAGUCAGAGUGCAUUUUUGGGAACCUGCUUAUUUACCUUUAAUUACCAAAAUUACUUGUGAAGUUCAUUAAUUUUGAUCCAGAGAUUGUGUAAUUUUUGCUUUUGCCAGUGUACACCCUGCUAACACCAGUGUACACCCUGCUAACACCAGUUAACCAUUGCCCUAUUAUUGAAUUUAAUAAUUUGCAUUUUUAUUAAUUUUUGUGUGCAAUAUAGCAUUUCUUGAUACAGUACACUUUUUUUUCUGUGAUUUUUGGCACUAUUCCAUACUCUGAUAUCUUUGCUGUGUCAACCUCCCUUGGUGCAAGUGAAUUACUUUUUUUUUUGCAUUCCAAAUUGCAACUGGCAGCACCUGCAACCUUUUUCUGCAUGUUGAGAAAGCUUGCAGCACAGUUUAGUGUUGUGUAGUACCUGAUUUAUUUUAAAUUUUGUGCAAUUUUUGCUACCAGUGUUUACAGUUCAACUCUUUUUCAUAAAUUUUGUUGCUAGUCUCCUGGUGCAAUUAUUGAAUACCCUUAGCAUCAUUUUGUGUACUCCCCUGUAGUUCAUUUACUUGCAUACAUCUCUUAUUUUGUGUUUCAGAGUGUACCACUAUUUUUUUUGUUUCGCUCAAAUUAUUUCAAUCACUAAGCAGUUUACCUAGUACCGUGGUGCUGUGUUCUCUCUGACUCCGUGUUGAGUUGUAGUCAGUGCAUACCAUUUCUUGCUCUGAUCUGUUUACCCUCUUCAUGAUCUGCUUUGUGUUUGAACAGUUGAAGCCAUGACUCAGACACAGUGGCCAUAACAUUAGUCCAGUUUCUGCUGACGCUGGCAGUGGUGCCUCAGCCAGCGUGAUCACGCGGCAGGAGGGCGAAGCCUCCCUGACAAUUGGUCAAAUCAUGGCUCAAGUCUCAACUACUAGUGGGUCGGCUAAUCGUCCAUUUCCGACCCUUUUUGACGGUCGUUCGAUUAGGUUAGAGCCAUGGCUGCAGUCAGUCGAGACGACUGUUAAUGCUCAAUAUGAUAGUCCCUCUGAGGCACACUACAUUUAUGCUGCUGUUGCAGCAAUGGAUCUCACCCAGGAUGAUAUAGGUGCCUUUGUGCAGCUCAAUCGCAUUCGUAAGAUUCAGUCUUGGGUUGCUCUUAAGGAGGAAUUAAGGCGCUAUUUUUCGCAUAGUCGCCAUUACCUUGAGAUCUUGACCAGUGUCUUGGUCGAAUGUCAGUACAGGCACGAAAGCCCCCUGGCUUGCAUUUGCCGGUUUGAGCAAGCCGCCAAAGAUUUUGGUGAUGCCAUACGUUCCACUAAGUGGGUGACUGGUGACGACAGUAUCAAGGUUAAAGACAUCGUCCCCAUGCUAGCUGUAGGCAUCAUGCGGAGGGAUGCCCUCCCUAGUCUCCAGCGCGCCAUUGAUGCGCUAGGGCUUGGUCCUGAGCACGCAGUCCUGGAUGCAUACGAUGCCAUUGAUGCAAUCAAGCCACCUGCCGAGAAAGGCAAGGUUUGUCGCUUUGCAGACGAUCCUAUACCCGACCUUCCAGUAUCGUCCACAGUGAUGCUGCAGGCGCACCCGGAGGUCACUUUUGCCACAGCUGUCAGACAGCCGGCCCUCAAAGUUUCCAACCCCAGUUCUACUUACAGCCGGCCGAGUAAAAAUAGUGACUCAAGUAACAACAGUCGGUCCCAAACAAAGAAGCCGUCACAGACUUCCUGGACCAAGGCAAAAUGUCACCAGCACACACCACCUCCAGCACCACCUGCUAAGUGCACGGUGACUUGCUUCAGUUGUGGCAAACGCGGGCAUUACCAAUCCGAAUGUUACAAACCUAAGUCCCCGCAAGGUAACCAUCACCGUCCCCAUGCUCAGUAUCAAGGUAACCGUCACCGUCCUCAGGCUCAGUAUCGAGAGGGAGUUUGCAUGUAUCACAACACUUCCAGUCAUACCUCUAAUGAGUGCUACAAGCUGCGAAGUAUUCUAUCAGCACAGUGGAGCAAGCAUUCGUCGCACAAUGCACGUGCUAGCAGAAGCCCUUCCACUAGUUCGGGGGAAGAGGUGUGGCCAAGAAAUAAGCGAAAGACAUAGUAACCCUGUCGGAGUCGCUGUAUUCCGUCCCUGUCCACAAUGCGUUCGCCGCCCUGGGCAGUGAUACGCUUGCCGAUAGUGAGGAAACAGUGCCCUGACAUUAUUGUCGAGACUCUUACCAUAUCCUCCAGGUUGAGCCUCGCCAACAAGCGUCAAGCCUCAAGCAGCUGUGACUCCAGGGAUUUCGUCGGCCUGUCAUGCCUUCACGUUCGGUAUGACAACCUGUGUGGACUGUUCGUUGAGUCCACUGUCCACCGUAAGCCUGCCCAGCUUUUCCUAGAUACACGUUCAGUGGUUAACAUCGUCCGUUCCACUCUCUUCCGAGACAUUGGCCUUCAUGCAGCCGUGUUGACAGAGCCGUCUGUCAUUCAGACCUUGAGAGGAGUCUCAGGUAGUCCGCUGAUGGUUCGUGGUCGUACAAAGUUAGAAUUUGCAGUCCAGGGUCACAAGCUGUCCGCAAAAUUCUUAGUCAUAGAUGAUAUUGUUUUCCCUGGUGACCUGCUUAUAGGGUUUAAAACCACGGCAGACCUUAGGAUCCGCUUAGCUCCAGCUGAGUGGAAAGCAGAUUUCAACGGAGUGGAUGUGCCCUUCUGGGGUGUAUGCUUAGGAUCCACUAUGUGCUACUAUGUCUCAAGAGUAUGCACAGUGUCUGGAAUCGUUGGAAACCGAUGGUUUCCAUAGCACAUUCUCUGCGGGGUCGGUCUCUUGUCCUGAUCGACCUCGUAGUAGAGCUCGUUGCCUGUCACCUCCUGGCCAUCAGCACUUAGUUACCAGUGAAACCCAGUCUGGGGAUGCCCAGUCUAACCUUCACUCUAACUCUGGCGCUGUUGUAGAGAACAGCAGUUGUCAAGCUGCAGUAUCCCUGUUGGCAGGCGACUGUCUGACUCGUGUCAUGGCAUCAGCAAGCAGAGUUACUGCUUGUACAGAGUAUGACGUCACUUUGUCAGCUAACUCGCUCACUCCUGUUAUGGUGUAUGUGAGCAGAGCUUUUGAAGGAGACCAUGUGCUGGUUGACAACGACACGUGCUGAGUCAAGGGCCUCUCCCUUGAACUGUCCCUGCACACAGUGCAAUGUGGUAAGUUGCAAGUCCUUGUUUUCAACAUGCACAGUCGAGAAUUUCCCCUACGGAAGAAUACCUUACUUGUCGACAUUGUCAGAUUCCCUCUCCCUGUGAGAGUGGAGGGUGAAGUCCCAGCUGACCUCCUCGUAAGUGCAGUUCUCCCAGGCGAGUCUGCUGCUGACUACCGACACCUGGCCAGUGCAGAUGAUGAUCUAGCUAUGACAGAUUAUCCUGAAGAGGUCCCAAAACUUCUCCAGGUUCUCAAUCGUGCACGUUCUGCAGUCACGCUAGUUGGUGAGUCAAUCGGUUUGACCCCACUGAUCUAUCACCGUAUUCCACUUGACAAAGGUACUAAACCCAUUUAUGUAUGUACCUGCGUAUCGCCUGCCACAUGCGCGUCUUCGCUGAAGAACUUAUUACAAGGAUGCUCCGUGAUGGAGUUAGGAGUCCACUUCCCCGUGGAACGCUCCUCUCAUUCUGGUUCCCAAGAAAGACGGAACCUGGUGCCCUGUUAUCGAUUACAGGAAACUGAAUGCAUGUACAAUCCCAGACCACUUUCCGUUGCCAGUUCUGAACAACCUGUUGCAGAACAUCGGUGACAAUAAGGUCUUUUCAACUCUUAAUCAUCUUAAGUGUUUUUGUUAGAUCCCCCCCGAUGAUGAGAGCAAAGAGCUGACAGCUUUCUCUACGCCAACCGGUCAUUACCAGUUCAGGAGGAUGCCCUUCGGCUUGCAUGGAAGCCCAAUCACGUUUAGUCAUUUGAUGACAAUUUUCCGUACCCUCCUAGGCGGCACGCUCGUGGUUAACCUAGAUGAUCUCAGUCAUGUCGCAAGAUGUCCCGACACAUCUAGAGAAACUAGACAGGGUAUUGGACAAGCUAGCUCAGGCAAACCUUAGGGUAAAGCUCUCCAGAUGUCAUUUUCUCCGGAAGGAAAUAAAAUUUCUGGGUCACGUAGUGACUCAGAAUGGCAUUAAGACGGACGAGUCUAAAAUCUCGGCCGUGCAGAAAUUCUCCCAGACCCAUGACUGCGGAUGCAGUCCGGUCCUUCAUAGGCCUGGCGGGUUUCUACUGCACCUUUAUCGCAGGUUUCUCCUCCAUGCUUACUCAAGAAGGAUGCCCCUUUUGAGUGGACUUGUGAUAAAGAACGAGCUUUUGUCACUCUCAAAAGUUAACAUCAGCCCCAGCCCUUAGAUUCCCUGAUUUCACCAAGGCAUUUACCUUGACUGAUGCCAGCAAAGUUGGCAUUGGUGCAGUCUUGUCACAGGAAUCUAAUGGUAAGCAACAGCCUAUUGCCUAUGCUAGCUGUGUCCUUGCUAAAGUGGAAGUCAAUUACUCAGUGACAGAGCUAGAAGCUUUAGCCUUUGUAUGGGCCUUGAGUCAUUUUUGGGAUAUCAUCUACCAUUAUCCUAUCAAGAUCUAUGCAGAUCCUCUACCCUUAUGGGCCCUUUUUGCUAAUAAGAACCUCUCGGGGAAAGCAUGCUUGAUGGUCGCUCACGUUCAAUGACUACAACCCUGAAAUUUGCUAUGUCACAGGUAAGCAAAAUGUUGUAGCUGAUGCCCUGUCGAGGUAUAUAGCAUUCGUGAGUGUCGACAACUCGUUCUCUGUUGAGGAUCUUGAGAGAGCCCAAUGGCAGGACCCUGUGUGGUCUCCAGUCCUUCGUUUCCUGACCAAGGAGGACGUUGACUUACAGGAUUUGGGGGUCAAUCAAGGAGUACUGUGCCAUGUUGCUCAGCUGGUGGACCCCGGCAGAACCAUAUACCAAUUGGUUAUACCAGAGUCCACGAUACCAGCUACUCUUAGGUUGAUCCACGAUGUCCCAGGUGUAGCACACCCCGGUAAGGACCGCAGUAUCAAACAGGCACAAAUUAAAUAUUUCUGGCCUAAGAUGGCAGUGGACAUUGCCAGCAUGUACACCAGUGUGUUGUUUGCCUACAGCACAGGGGUACCGUUACAGGUCCUAACCCCAUUCUAAAGUAUCCUAUUACAAAGGAGCCCUGGGAGAGAACUUCUGCCGACCUGUUGAUGACCUUCUCGACCUCGGAGAAGGGAAACAAGCACUUGCUUGUAAUGGUAGAUAACUUGACGCGGUCCAAUGAAUUAAUACCCAUUCCUGAUAAAACUGCCGAGACUGUUGCUAAUGCUUUCUGUGAGCAUGUCGUUCUCCAUCAUACCUGCCCACGUGUCCUUCUGUCAGACAAUGGGUCUGUGUUCAUAAAUGCCAUAAUGCAGGAUCUUUGUUCCAGAUUUAAUAUUCACCAAGCGCCAGUAGCUCCACGCCACUCUGCGAGUAAUGGUCUUGCUGAACGUACAAAGCGCUAAGUCCUUGAGGUGUUCAGGGUAACCGUUAACCCAAGUUGUACUACAUGGGAUGAGGCUAUCCCAGAUGUUCAGUGUACAUUAAACUCUUCCCUCAACAGCUUGAUCGGCGAGACACCUCAUUUCGCUUUGUAUGGCUAUGACAAGCGCUUGCCAUAUGAAAUUCUGUUUGCUCCGCCUCGACCUACUUACGAUACUGAUAACCCCAGUGUAGUAAAGUUGCAGACCACGCAGCUUGUUUUUCAGCGGGUACGAGAGAACCUUAUGAAAGCUACUGAUAGGUUCACGUCUGAACGCAGUGCCCACGCCAAGGAAAGCAAAGUGGAACCAGGCUGCAAAGUUAUGUUGCUCAACCCAGGGCAGACCCCAGGUAUGCACAAACUUGUCCCAAAAUUCGUGGAUCCUUACCGUGUCCUCAGACAGCUCCGUGGCAAUAAGUUCGAGGUGAGGGAUAUUGCUACUGGAACUAUCAAAGAAGCCCACCUUGACCACAUGAAGUAUGUGGACCAUGUGCAGGCCAAAGCAGAGCUGGAGUCGCGUGCGUUGCAAUGCCACAAUCAGACCAAUGCUAGGGACAACCCGUCUACUUCUACUACUACUGUUACUGAAGAUGGCCCAGUAAGUCUCCAUACUUAUGGUCUGCGACCCAGGACAACAGUACAUUUCUGUGACAUUGAUGUACGUACUGACUUGUCUGACUCUUACGCUAGUUAUGGUAAUUGUCUGCUUGCAGAAAUAGGUAUAAACGCGCACACAUUGUACAGCUAGUUGAUAAUGGAGUCAGGGUGGACAACAUCAUGUAAAUAUGUAAAUAAUUUUAGAAGGGUACCCAGAGUAUAAUGAAUUCCAUGGACAUAGUAUUAUUGUAGGUAUGUGCACCCAGUGUCUCUUUUAAAGCCUGUAUUACGGUCAGGGCAGUGCUGCCCUUCGAGUCAUGUCACACCUUAGGAAAUGCUACUGUCAGUCAUUGUUUGCAGAUGUGAGGGUGCAACAGCGUUCGUAGAUGAGUAGUCAAGCCUGAUGUUCAGCCCUGCAGACAACCUGUAUAUAGAAGAUUUUAGUUCCAGUGCUGAUGUCUCCGAACUCUCUCGUCAAUGAAGCUGCGUGGGCAAGCCAGUUUUGUCUACCCCAGGAUGGGAGUUUUUUUUUUUUUUUUUUUUUUUUUUGCCUGUUGCAUUUUAUGUCCAUUUUUUAUUUACAAGUGAGUGAAAGCCAGUCCCUCUCUGGGGUAGGUAGUGUAAGUAAUUCCUUUGCACCUACGGGCCCACCAGUGUCCCGAAACGAGGUGCAUGGCCGAGCAAAUGUAGACAGUCUGUACUGUCAGCAGACAGCCUAUGCUGUCUGCCAGCUUAGUUCAUAUUUCGCAGCAUUUAAGUGCUGCCCUCUGUAGGCUUACCCAGGUCGGUGGGAUGCUGGGCCCAUUCGUCCUCACUUCACGGCCAACCGACUUGAGAGGUACAAGUGCCCCCCUCCACGGACUGGCUAUCGGUCAUUCCCUCACAUUGCCCGUUGUGUACUCCUUUCCAAUUAAAGCCAAACUAGUC